UGCAGGAAGCCAGGCACCCUGGCUCGCUUCUGCCCUUCCUUUCUUCUCCACAGCGGGGCCUGCUGCAGUGCCUCUGUGCCGCCUGGGGCCUUGGCAGCUGGGCAAGGGAGCGCUCCAUUUUGCGUAUGGUUUUUUAAUGCUUUCAUGGUGUUGGUUUUAAAGAUUCUGUGAAGAUGAAAAGGGAGAUCUUAUGGUUUUACAGAAUAUAGACCAAGACCUUCUGAGAUGACGGCAAAAAAUGUUGGUGUGACUUCCACAAAUGGAGACUUGAAAGGAUUUAUAGAUCAGAACCAGAGUCCAACAAAAGGUAAUAUUUCAGUAAUCACACUACCAGUUUCCAGUACCAACUCCCCAGCAAAGAUACUGCCAAAAACCUUAGGACCAAUCAAUGUGAAUGUUGGACCCCAAAUGAUAAUAGGCACAUCACAAAGACUGACCAAUUCAGGGGGUGUUCUGAUUGGGAGUCCGUAUAACCCAGCUCCAACGAUGGUGACGCAGACACACAUAACGGAAGCUACUGGUUGGAUUCCAGGGGAAAGAAAGAGAACUCGAGAAUUUAUAGAAUCAGAUUUUUCAGAAAGUAAAAGAAGCAAAAAAGGAGACAAAAAUGGGAAAGGUCUGAGGCACUUCUCCAUGAAAGUAUGUGAAAAAGUUCAGCGUAAAGGAACCACUUCAUACAAUGAAGUUGCUGAUGAGCUGGUAUCAGAAUUCACAAAUUCCAACAGCCACCUAGCUGCGGAUUCGCAGGCUUAUGAUCAGAAAAAUAUUAGACGGAGAGUUUAUGAUGCCCUUAAUGUGUUGAUGGCAAUGAACAUAAUUUCAAAGGAGAAAAAGGAAAUCCGAUGGAUUGGCCUUCCUACAAACUCAGCUCAGGAAUGUCAGAAUCUAGAGAUAGAAAAACAGAAGCGGAUUGAACGGAUAAAAGAGAAACGAGCCCAGCUACAGGAACUGCUGCUGCAGCAAAUAGCUUUUAAAAACUUGGUACAAAGAAAUCAGCAAAAUGAACAACAAAAUCAAGGCCCCCCAGCCUCAAACUCCACAAUACAGCUGCCUUUCUUAAUCGUCAACACUAGCAAGAGAACCGUUAUUGACUGCAGCAUAUCAAGUGACAAAUUUGAAUACCUCUUCAAUUUCGAUAACACUUUUGAGAUUCAUGAUGACAGUGAAGUGUUGAAGAGAAUGGGAAUGUCCUUUGGGCUGGAGGAAGGCAAAUGCUCAGCUGAAGACCUAAGAACUGCAAAAUCUCUGGUGCCAAAAGCUUUAGAAGGCUACAUCACAGAUAUGUCUACAGGAUUGUCAUGGAUGAACCGAGGAUUACUUUCAAAUUCAGCACAAGCAGUUUCACAUUCAGAGAUAGCAGGAGGCACAUCUGAUUCAAAAUCAAGUGAGAAUCCAGGGUUGUGUUUGGAUACUGAAGUGGCUUUAGCAACUGGGCAGUUUCUUGCCCCUAGCAGUCAGCAGUCCAGUAGUGCAACAUCACGCUACUCUGAAUCACGGGGAGAAACUCCAUGCUCAUUCAAUGAUGAAGAAGAAGAGGAUGAAGAUGAAGAUGAUCCUUCGUCCCCAGAGUAAAGACAGUAAAAAUGGAUAUUCAAAAUGCUGCUCAUAUAUAUUCUUAAUGGGAGCUCACAUUUGGAUUUUACUUAGGUUUCUUGCCUUGGUUUGCACUGUGUUCAGUGAAGCAGAAUGGAAGCUCCAAAAUAAAUUAAUCCAAAGCUGAAAUUGGAAACUUUUUAUAACUGAACAGAGUGACAUGCAGACACAGAACAAAGUGCUAUUUUUUAUCAACUACAACCAAGGAAAAGAACAAAGUCCCUGGAGAUUUGGAAAAGUAAACAUCAAGUUUGUAUUUUCCAUUUUGGGAUAUUCUGUCUCAAGUCUCUGUCUUCAUCAUAUCUUUACCAGAUGGGGAAGAAAAAGCCAAUUCUUGUGUUGUCUUUUGGAUGUUCUACCUUUAAAAAAUAAAAAAAAGGGGGAGGGGGGGAAGGGGGGGAAGGGGGAGCACAUGGAUGUGCUAAAAAAGCUAUUUAAAACUAUCUUGUAUGAAAACUGUUGUAGGGAAAAGGAACUGUUACAGUAUUUGCUUUUUUUUCUGUUCAACUUGCUGUAUUGAAGAUUCUUGAAGUAAUAUAAAUUACAGGUUAUUAAAUCAAUCUUGGAUUAGCUUAAACCCAUUUUAGAUACUCUAAAAGUAGCUUGUCUCUUUUGAAAGGUUCCUAUGUUCAUUUUUACUGCAAACCUAACUUAUUACAAAUGAUUAUUAGCCAUUAUUAAGCAGUCAGCAUAGAAACAGUGUUCUCUGCACCAGCUUUUUUCAAGGAAACAAAAGUGGAAACAGUGAUUUAUGGAUGACAGCAUAUCCCAUGUAACUUCUCUUUCACUGUUUGAACAUUAUAAUCCCUUUGACUUCAUAGCAGGUAUAGCAAAAAAGCGAAACAAAAACAACACAAAAACAAAGAGGCCUCUACGUAUUAAGGAUCUCAGGCAGUACGUUUCCAAGUGAGGUAAUGGAAGGUUCAGAUUUCUAGGAAAAAAUAAAUUUUGACAAUAUGCAAUUUCAUGUCUUGCAUUCUAGUCGUCAUGGAUUAUGAUAGGUAAUUUGCUUUUUGUUAACUUCUGCUGCACACACCUCAAUGCACCUUUGAAAAACAUUAGUAUUGAACAGGUUAAAAUAAUUUCACUAAAGUUGCACAACAUGAAUUCCCUUUGAACUGUUAAAUUAUACUUAAAACAGUAGGCUCCAUAUUCUGUGUUUAACAACACAUCUCACAAAGACCUUUUUACAAAUCCUUGCAUAAUAGCAAAACACUGUAGAUGUACAGUUCUUGUGGUGUUCCAGCAUCCAAUAUUUUAACUAGCCCCAAGGUUACUAUUUUCAGUUAGGUAAAUGAAAAGUAUUUCUUCUUAGUUUCAUCCUGUAUGUCAGUAGUUGACCUUUUUCUAAGUACCAGUGUAGUACCUGUCAGAUCUCAGUGGCACUGCCUCUGUCAUUUAAGGAUUAGGCAGCUUAGGAUUUGCUUGAGCAGUGGCAGCACGUUGCAGCCACUGACAGCUGCAGCCGUUACUCAGGCACAGCAUGGGCUGCGCCCACCUCAGCUUUCACAAAGCCACACACAAGCCAGCGUGUCCCAGAGCACUCAGCCCGAGAUAGGAAGGUGAACCAGCACUUGAGCUAAGAAGAUGGCUGUUGGACAGCUGUUAGCACAUGACCAGCCACAUACAGGACAGGUGAAACCGCAAGAAGCGCACAAAUACAUCGGCAUAUUCACAUUAAAAGGUCAUGCACAUCAAAACUUUUGCAGUUAGCUUGAACUCCUGCAUUUAACAUUAGGACAGCAGCAUUUUUAAGACAUACAGCUCUUCUUUGGUAAGCUAGAUUGCUCUGCCUUCCACAAAUGAAAUGCAAAUGCAGAAAUGAAAAAGAAAAACCCAUAUGCCUACCCUGCUAUUCACCCUCCAGGCACGACUGUUAGACUGCCCUAUGCACAUGGCUCGCAGGCAACAGCAGGCUGAGGUUUACACCACCUCACUGCAACCAAAUCCGUAACGCUACCUCUAUGCGGAGAAAAGCUUUACCAAGAGAAAACCAUGUUCUCACAGAGAGUCAACGUACUCGUCUGAAACGUGAGAUAAGACGGCCGGGUGCUCUGGGCAUUCCAUUGGCUGCAUGAAUGACACUUCAUUUAAACAGGCAAUUGCCUUUAUUCUUAGAAAUACAUUGUCCUGUCAGCUUUCAUUGGACAGAGCGGAUGGAAGAUACCUGAUGUACACAGGACAUCCUGAGGCACUUUAAGAGGGGGGAGCGUUUUCUCAAGUAAUUACACCUCACACCUCAAUACCUUAUGGGCAAAUCUACCUGUAUGCUUUCUUCACGUUUCCCACUCAAAAUCUCAUAGAAUGUAAAAACAGCAAAACAUUCAACAACUUCGGGGCUUGAGGCCCUUUGAACUGUAAGAUGCUGGCCAAAAAACAAAAGUUUCUUGCCGAGAAAUGGAAUGUAUUUUAUUAUGUAUUUGAUGAGCAGUCAGAGUGCUUUGCGGGAGGAAGAUCUUCAGUGAUGCCUUGCUGCCAUUGAUGUCUGCUUCCAUCAGCACAGCAGCCUGCACAGCUUCUUGCUCUCUAGCUAACUCAAAGCUAACAAAUCCCCCCCCCCCCCCAAUUUUCAGUUUAGGAGCAUGUAAUAUUUAGGCAGUUGAACAGAGACUUUAUAAGUUAUUUUUCUGAACUAGCAGAAUACAAAGGACAAAACAAGUUUGAACACUUAGAAACUUCAAAAGGAAAUUCUUUCCUUAGGAUUCUUUGUGCCAAGUUACAGCUGUGGAUGGAAUUCAACUGCAGCACUGUGUUCCUGUGGUUACACCAGAGUCUGGGAACUAGGAGAGCUCUGGGCCUUAUCCAACCAAAGUCACUCAUGUACAAUCUGAGGCAUGCCUUUCAGUCUUUCUUGUUGAGCUUAAUUGACAUUAAUAAAUACAAUAAAGUAGGUAAAGGCAGGACAGGACCUCACUAAAUACAGAUGAUGUUGCAUCUGCCUUAAGCUCUAAGUAAUUAAUGAACAACAAAGGGAUUAAGAAUAUUAACCGACCCCUCUGCUCCCACUAAACUAGCGGCCAUAGUGCUCUGCUGCUUCAACACAGCAGCUGGGAUUUUUGACAGUCAAAGUCAGUAGCAAGACAGGCUCUCUCAUCUUCUAGUCAAGUACCACAGUUUUUGCUUGUUUGUGCUGAGUAUUCACAGAUACGAAACGGUGCAGCUGGCACCAGAAGGUGACUCAGACAAGGCAGAGUUAGCACUGAAUUUUCAUACAAGUUCCAUUUGACAUUUUUCUGCCCUUUGUUAUGUUAUUUCUGAAUGCUUAUCCAUUCAGCAAUGUAAUGCUGUGUAUAAAUGCUAUUUUACAUAUUGCAGUAAAAAAAAAUAUCUAGAUUUGACUUAAGGAAAACACAGCAGCAUCACAAACCAGAUGAAAAUAUCAUGAGCAGGAGACAGCAUAAUUUCAGCAUUUGAAACUGAUAAAACAUCUGUGGAUUUUAGUUUUAAAAUUUAUAUUGCUACAUGUGAAUGUUCUUAAUUUGAUGGCACCCAAUUCAAGACAGCACAUGUAUUUGAGUGAAGGUUAAAGCAAACAAUACCCAUUUAGCUGCAGUAACUCUUAUCUAAUUUAAACUGCCACGCACCACAGCUCAGAUAUUUCCAUUCUGGCUGUAGCCCCGUUCCCAGCUGGAAGUUGCUGAGUAUACAAAAUACCAACAGAAGGACUCAUGCUGAACACCAAGUCAGCCUGACAGCAUGAUGUACGUGGGCCUACCAACCCAGCGUAUUUAAAAACAAAUAGUUGGUACAUAAAUGAUGAGUGAAUUCAGAACUCGACCGUUAAGGUUAAAAAUGCCCAGUGCUCUUUUACUGACCACACCCAGGACUUUAAAUGAAGAGCAUGGCUGAAAGCUAAUCACAUCUGCAAUUAAGCACCAGGCAGGACUCAUUUUUCUAAUUAGCUGCCUCCUUUCAGCUGUAAGUUUUCCAGGCACUUUAUAGAGAAGACUUUACUUCUAAUGAGUUAAAGACACACAGGCUUGGAAUUCAUUUAAAAACAAAGGUUGAGUAUUUAGUAAACAAAUCAGUUCUCUUCUGACUGACCCACCUAAUUUGCAUUUUCAUUAACCUAAUUUUCACUGCAAGAAUACCUCCGUUUCAGGAGCAUAUCUUAAGUAACCAAAUACAGUGAAACUGGGAAGAGACGAUGAAAUUUUUUACAUUUUAAGAAUUCUCAUCACAGCCAUUCUUCAGGGCAACAUCUUUCUGCUUCCUACACACUUCCUUCAUCUUAAAGGGGAAACUUUUCUGCUCUUCACAUCAAUCCCAGUACCCUGCAACUUCUUGAACAGAGUUCAUAGAUUCCCUCCUGCUUAUCUGUCAAUUUACUUCAGCGAGUGUUUUUAAGAGACCACACGGGCUGCUGCCUGGACCCGGCACACUGCCACAACCAACCUCACUCCCAGAGGUUCCCUACCAUCCUCCCAGCUCUGCGGAGCUGCUCACACAGACGCUGCACCCUCCACAGGUCCCUAUCAGGGCAGCACUGACUGUUACCCCCUGGUCCAUCCUGCUCCAUGGGGACCCAGCCAGAACAAAUGGGUUUUUCCCACUUAGAUCUCUUUGACAGUAUCCAAUAAUUCAGGAUAUCUACCAAAGUCACAAACCAAAAAUCCCUGUUUGGAUUUGAGCAGAAAAAGCAUCUUUGCUAGAAUGUGGUACCCCACUUCAUGGUCAGACUUCAUAAACGCCAGUUUUAAAUGCUUAACCCCUUCCAGGCUUAAAGCGCUUCAGACAUGAGACCCCAGGCUAACAAGAAGCAGCUGCAUACAAUUUAAACCCAGCUGUAGAUUUAAAUUAAACUCAUCUAUGCAGUAUUCAGGGAACUUUUCCAAGACAAAAUGAGCCUUUCCCUGCAACCUGUUUUGGUAACAACCCACACUGUUACCCAGGCUGAGUGAAACACACUCAUUCCAUAGCAAUGUCUGGAUGAAGAUGCUUUACAGAUCACAUGCAGUUAUCCUGAACGGCCAGAAAAUAAAAAUGGCUACCAGAAAAGAAAGUCCACAAAAUCAGUCUCCAUUUUUUUAGUGGAUUUGUUAACACUGUAUGGUAACUUUAACAAUUAAUAACUUGGUUGCAAGCAUUGCAAAGAUUAAUUGGAUCUCCCAGAACCUCCCUGGUAAAAUACCAGCUGAACCAAAAAAGUCCAUUGCACAAGCUAUAGAUACUCCCCCUUCUCUCUAAAGCCAGGUUGUAUAUAUAAAAAACACUUCAGAUUAGAGAGGUUUUGAUAAAAACAUGCAAAAAUGCAAAAACGACGACCCUGUACCUCACCAGACCUGUGGUGAAUGAAGCCAGAAAUGCUACUGAGAAUCAAGCCCAGCACACCGCUGCUGGCACUGCCCUGCACAGCUGGCAAGGAAGCUCCCUCCCCAGCAGCUCCCCAUCGCUGUGCUGCUGGAAUUGCACUUGCUGACACCUGUUACAUUCUGCAUGGAAGUGCCUUGUACCAACACUUCCUUUUUCCACUGAGAACACAGAAACCACUUUAAGUGAAUUUCAGGAAGACUUUUAAGAAGGAAGUUUGUUGUAGACAAAGACUGUCCACAGUCUUAACGCUGUGCUUGAAGUCUGUAAACCUGCCAGGGGCAGGGGGAGAAGCACAGACAUACAGUUCACCAUGAUGGAAGCUGUGGCAAAUUCUCAGUUUCAGUCAGAUGUUCCUUAUCCUGGUACUCUUAUCAGCUCCCUCCUCCCAACCACGGGCACAAACAUCAGCAGAAACAUUCCUCCCUCUUCUUGUGCUCAAUUCCUGUGUCUUUGGGAAAGCCCAAAUUGUUGCUUAGUUUUUAAAAUAAUUUUCUGUGGAUUUCUGAAUUCUCCAAACACCUUUAAGUCACACGGUGAAGUUUUAUUUUUGCAGGACUGCUAUGCAGCGAUCCUGAUUUUUUUUUCCCUGAUCAAACAGUGUUACUUUCUACAACCACAUUGUUCGUGGCUAGGAAUAGUGUAAAAGGAGUGCGGUAGCAUUAUGUGUGCUUUAAACACUGAGAAAGAUAUAAAGAAAAACGCAUAUACAAAGUUUUACUUUCCUAAUAGGAACACUGGCAUUAGCAAAUAGUAUAUUUGAACCUAUAGGAAAUAUUACUUUGUAGUAGCAAACACUUUGUAAAUAAAAACUUGUUAUUUUUUUAAUGGAAAUUUUAUAGAAGCUAUUUCUGUAUACUCAGUUGAUUCCAUGUUUACUGAAAAUGCUGCAAGUGGGAAUUGUACACUGAAAAUGGUGGUGGGAGCGAUGGCUGACUGCAGCAGCAGCAUCUCUAUGCUGGAGAGAAACAGCAGCAGGAAGUGCAGCCUGACUGUACGGGAGCUAAAUAAAGGCAUUUCAAGGCAACCAGA